AUGGGACUAGACCUAGUGAAGGGAACUGUCCCUAACAACUUGGAAGCCGGAGUUUUUGAGCCUGCAAUGAGCAAAGUAAAGAUAUUACAGUUUGCUACUGAAGCAGCUAUAACAAUUCUUCGAAUUGAUGACAUGGUAAGGCUCGUCAAAGAUGAAAGUCAGAGUGAGGUUGAUUAG